CCAAUCACGCGCCUCGCGCGUUGCGCUCCAAGAUGGCGUCUCCUGGCACUCUGUUUCACACAUCGUCGCACUUGGAAGCCAAAUAUCACAAUCUCGAGAGCGCUUAAACGCGCCGGGAACCGGGCCAGAAGGAGCCGCGCGGGGCCGACUCGUCACCAGUGAGACGCGGAAACGGGUUCCUCAUGGUGUGUUCACGCCGGGCGCCGGUGUCGCUCUGACGGGGGUUGUGUGAUCCGAGUAUGGCCACCGACAACAGGAUCAAUUUUUGGAGGAGAAACGCUAAGGUUCCCGGAAGCGUGCAGCCUGUUUAUGGAGCACAGCAUCCGCCCCUUGACCCACGACUGCGGCGCACGUAUCACAAGGACACAAAGCCCAAGUUCAACAAUCCUAAAUCCAAAAAGGCCUGUAGCUUCCACGAGUUUGCCCGCAGCACUAACGAUGCUUGGGACAUCGAUGAUGAUGAGGAGGAUGAGGAUUUCCUCAGGACCCAAAUGUCAACUCCAUCCAUAUCGUCACGCCUGCACUCUACGUCCACACAGCAGCAACAAAAUGAGGCUGAUGAAACAAAAAGCCAGAUGCCAGACAGACUGGCUCCUCCCAAGACAGAAGUUCAAACCCUCCAUGGUGAUGGAGGGUUUGAAGAGACGAACUAUGAACAUGUCAACGGCAGGGUUGUCAAGUCUCAUAGCGAGGCCCACCUCAACUCAUCCUCAGUUCGUGCCACGCUACAGAAGCAGCAGUCGCUCCCAGUUCGCCCUAUCAUUCCACUGGUGGCUCGCAUCUCAGACCAGAAUGCGUCCGGGGCACCACCCAUGACGGUUCGGGAGAAGAGCCGGCUGGACAAGUUCAAGCAGCUGCUGGCUAGUCCUAACACUGACCUAGAAGAACUGCGGAAGCACAGCUGGUCAGGCAUACCGAGAGAGGUCCGACCAAUCACGUGGAGACUUCUGUCUGGCUACCUGCCAGCCAACAAGGAGCGCAGAGAGCAAGUGCUGAAAAGAAAGAGGGAUGAAUACUUUGCUUUCAUAGAGCAGUAUUACCACUCCAGAACGGACGAGCACUAUAAGGACACAUACAGACAGAUUCAUAUCGACAUUCCAAGAACCAACCCUCUGAUUCCCCUGUUCCAGCAGCCUGUAGUCCAGGAGGUGUUUGAGCGCAUUCUCUUCAUCUGGGCCAUCCGUCACCCAGCCAGUGGUUACGUCCAGGGAAUCAAUGACUUGGUCACACCCUUCUUUGUCGUCUUCCUGUCUGAGUUUGUCACUGAGGAUGUGGAGAACUUCAGGUUUGCAGCGCUGCCUCUGGACACGCAGAGAAACAUUGAAGCUGACAGCUUCUGGUGCAUGAGCAAGCUGCUAGAUGGAAUACAGGACAACUACACCUUUGCUCAGCCUGGAAUACAGAAUAAAGUGAAAGCUUUAGAGGAGCUGGUCAGUCGGAUAGAUGAGGACAUUCACAAUCAUUUUAAGAAGUAUGAGGUGGAGUACCUGCAAUUUGCUUUUCGGUGGAUGAACAAUCUGCUGAUGAGAGAGCUGCCACUUCGCUGCACUAUCCGUCUCUGGGACACCUACCAGGCUGAAUCUGAAGGUUUCUCCCACUUCCACUUGUACGUCUGUGCUGCUUUUCUCAUUGAGUGGCGUAAAGAAAUCCUUUCAAUGAUUGACUUUCAGGGCCUUCUCAUGCUACUGCAGAACCUUCCCACAAUCCACUGGGGCAAUGAGGAAGUGGGUCUCCUCCUGGCUGAAGCUUACAGGCUGAAGUACAUGUUUGCAGAUGCACCCAGCCAUUACAAGAGAUAAGCCUUCACAUCAAAUGCAGAACUUUUAAAUACAAUCAGUCUAGACUGUGUCAGUUGGAGUAUCUGCGCUGCUCCACUCAGCAUCAGGAGGUUGAUAACUCAGAGCCACUGAAUUCAUCCUUUGAAAAUGAAGUCUACUGAACAUCAUGCUGGUGCAGCCAGAGAGCUCAGUGUCUAUAUGCAGUCAAUGCACUGCACAGUGGACUGUUACAGUAUAAACAACCAAUGCCAUGCAAUCUUGGUUUACUUUUACUGUUUUGGCUCAUCUAACAUUUACUCUUAAGUGAAAUGCACACUGUAACAUUAAGGGAUGAUGAAUGUUUGUGAGAUUGUCCUUUUAGUGAAAGCUGAUAUGUAGAGUAUAUUUUUUGCAAAUUUGUUUUAGUUAUUGUUUUACAAGGGAAAUAUUAUGUGUAAACCAGUUAACUACAAGGAUUUUGUCCCCUUUUCCUUUACUUAUUUAGUCUGACACUGUUAAGCUAUUUGAAAUAAGACAGACUUUGGCUUUUCACUCUGCUUUUUUUCUCUAAUAGGUCAUGUCUACUCAAUGUGAGUGGACAUGCAAAUCCCAGUUAGAACUUUUUCUAAAAUGAAUUAAAACUAAAAAUCUGCGGAAUGGUAAUAAAAAUGAACCUUUAUUUAUCUGACAGGUGUAAUAUAGUCUGACCGCUGCAACACAGUAAAAAACAAGUCAGUAUGGGCUGUUACUGUACGGGACCUUUCCUGUAAAGCCUGUGCCUGUAAUUCAUUCAAAUUUUAUUACAAGCACUUAUUGCUGAUUGUUUCAGUUUUCCAAGUGCAAUAACUAACUCAUUGUUGCUGGAUACAAGGCUUCAGCUGCUGAACUGCUGUGAGGGCUUGAAGAUCACGCGUGAUCAUCAUUCAUACGUUUUUACUUAUAUUUCCUCUUCCACAACAUUCUUUGCUUUCUUUUUGCAUUUUAGAAACAGUCCCAAGAUUUUUUUUAAAUUGAGUUUGUAUCGGGGGUUGGGUUCCCAUGUUUGCACUAUACAAUCAACUUAUUAAACUCCAUCAUUUGAAAUUUGGCUUUUGGACUUGGAGAACCAAGGGUAGUGAAUGAUUGAAUCAGUGUUUUAUUUCAGGUAAUGUCUUGGUUUCAUUCUUAAAAACUGAUUUGAUAUCAGUUUGAUUUUAAUCAUUUAGGCUUUUGAGUUUAGCUAUAGAGAAGAUGAACAGACCUGAAUGGAUCAGGAAUCACAGACUUUGUGGUUAAUGUAGCUUUGGAAUUCCCUGUUUGUUUGUGAGUUGUAAAAAAAUAGAUUAGAAAAAUUAAUAUGAAAUUAUUAUAUUGUAGACAAUUAAAAUACUCUUUAGGUAGAGAUUGUGGCACAAUUCAGAAUCUUAACUCUUAGAAAGAGCACAUGCUGGACGGUACUGAAGCAGUUGCUAGAUGGUCGAGGUGCAGCUCAGCUACAUGAUGAUGCCUUCCUUAUACAUAUUUGUAAAGAACUCCUGUCUUUUAAACUGCAACAGAGAUACAUUCUUGGUUGUCAUUGAUGUAUAUGUCUUAUAUUUCUUUUCAGUUCAGUUGCUCACAUACAUUGAAUUCUCUUAGAGGAGUAUGUGUUUUACCACACAUCUACCUUCAUUACCAGUGAUAAUUAUGACCCAGUGUAUGUCUGAAGGAUGUGACAAUCAUUAGUAUUUGGUACUUUGAUUUCUGUAUUUAUAAUGUCUCUGGUCUGUACUUGUGAAUGUUGAACAAUUCAGAAGUAAAUGCUUUAUCAGGCAAAGUUAAAAUCUACGUCUGCUGUGCACCAGAUGUCUGUUAUCCCAGUCAUUGUAGACUGGAAAAUAUAGAAUUUGGAGACAUCUUCCAUAUUUAGAUCACAUCUUUCAGGUAUUAUUUGGUCUAUAAAUUGAAGCCAGAGUUGCUUCACAACAUUUGUUUCAGUGCUACUGAGUAUACUGUGCUACUUAAAUGUUCAUCAGCUUUGUUUGACUUACUUUCUGUAUGUUCUGUGAGUUACAUUUUGCCUUUAGCCUUAAUGUUGGUUUUCUCCAUUCAGGUGUGCCAACUGAUUGUGCCCCUACCAUGAUGGUAUCUUUCACUCCAAGCUGGGUUUAUGUAAAUGCCACAUGUAUUUAAAAAUUGAUAACUAAAGACUGACAAAAGAAAACCUGAUUUGUUUGAAAUGUGUUCAUGUUGUUUCAAAAGUAAUUUGCCAAAACAUUAUUGGACCGAUUAAAAAUAUGUUUCAGUAGUCACUGCUGGCUGCAGCCUUAGAUACAGAUUUCAGUAUUAUUACAGUACUUUCUCUAAACUGUAUAUGAUGUUUUACUUUUUGUUUACAUAAAAUUAUUGUUAUUCUUCA